AUGCACUUCAAGGAGGCGAGCGAAAUGUCGUGCUUGGAGGAUGGCUCGACCAACGUCAACUUCUCGAGUGACUUCAGCCUAUCUGCAACACUACCAGGCUCCACGAUACAAUGUUCUUCGUAUGAUGACAUUCUGGAUGGCAUUCAUGGCCUCAACGCGUUAGGCCAAGAGUUGUGGUUUGACUACAUGCGCAAGUUGACAUCUCGUCUCCAAACUUUCGUGUGCAAGAACAAGUCCGCCGACCCAAGCAACACGCCGACCCGUGUCCGGCUAACCCUCAUGUACGUGAACAAGUUUGCGGGUGGCGCACUUGCCCACCUUCAAGAGGAUGACCGGAUGUGGUGGACCAAUUUCUGCGAGUCUUUGCGCAGCAUUGAGUACCAGUCCGCCGCGUGGACGAUGGCUCUGGUCAAUGUCGCGACUCAAGCUCACGAGGAUGAAAGCCGGCAAGGGCGUGACGGCCGAGGCAAGCGAGAUCAAGACCGAGCACCAGCCAUCCCCGGUGCCAUUCGUCGGCUGAUACCGAUCAUCCGCCGUGGACAAGAGCCGUGCGUUCGCAACGUGGCUGGUCUCCCUUGUUCCGGCGGCUCUCGUGACCGAUGCGGUAACGCUCGCCGCAUACACAACUGGCCAGACAGCCUACCCUCUUGA